CUGAUUACCCAUAAUUCAGCAGGUAAAAAAGAAUGUACUGUCGUUGGAAAGGUCAUACAGAGAUUCCUUCUUCUUUCAUUUAGAGGCUGGCCACACUAAAAUCUGCCAAGAUGAUGAUGGGAGAGCAGCUUGUCCUGGAAGAGGACUAUGAUGAGAAUUACAAGCCAACAGAUGAAGAGAUAUUUGAGUAUGCUCAGAUCAUUGGCAUAGAUCCUUACAAGGAAGGUCACCUGAUGUGGAUAGCUAAAGAAGGAAUUAUUGCACCAUUACCUGAACACUGGAGACCAUGCCAAGACACUAAUGGAGAUCUGUAUUACUUUAACUUUGCCUUGGGUACCAGUAUAUGGGAUCACCCUUGUGAUGAAUUCUACAGACAGAUGGUGAUUGAGGAAAGAAUGAAGUUUAAUAUGAAUAAAGGAUCAGGUCCACCUAGAAGUGGAGGACCAAGUGGAGGCCCCCCAGCUACUCCUGGAAAGAAAGGAAAAGCUGGAAAGGAUGAUGGAAAGAAAAAGAAAGAGAAACCAGGAAAACCUAAGUUACAACUUGGCCCAUUAAAGGCAGAACAGAGUAUGGGUACACCAUCAAUGCAUGGUGGACUAGAACCGAUGAGAUCAUUGGGUGGACAAUUAGCACCUCUAAGAGGAUCAACAGGAACUAGUCAGCCGGUGAAGUCAAGUUUCAACACAACAACAGGUUCCCUAAAGCUGAGUAAAAGUGGCAACCUCACAAGCAGCAUGUCAAUUCCUUUUUACUCAAAUGAGUUUGAAGACGAUGGUCCAGAAGAGGAAAGGCCACAUCACAGUGUAAACCUGACACCACAAGAAAUGGAAUAUCAGGAAUCUGGAGAAAGUGACCAAAACCAACCUAAAGGGGAAUCAGAAACAGACAGUGAAGAUUUUGGUAAAGAAAUUGACUUUGGUAUAGAUAAGAAUUUAUCCGAAAGAAUUAUGGAUAUGGAUAUAGGUACAUUAGAACCAGUGAGGGGUUCACUAGAAAAGUUACAUGAUUUUGAGGGAACAAUGUCAGCCAUGUCGACUGCUCGAGGAGAUUCUCCUGGUGGUAAGAUGAGUCCUAUUGACAGAUUUGAGGAAGAGAGGAAACGUAGAGCGGAAAUAGCUGCCAGUGCUGCUGAAAAACGAUUGACGACAACACAUAGACAAGAAAGUUAUGAUGAUAAAAUGACCUUUGAAGAAGAACACAAUAUGAGAGCCUCAAGUGAAAUGAGAUAUGAUGAUUUAAGAGAAACACUUGACAGGGAGUUUGAGGAUAAAAGGCUGGAAAUGCUUGAGGACAAAGACAGAAGAAUAAAGAGAAUGAGAGAUGAAAUCAAAAGAGAACAGGAAGAAGAGGAAAGAAAAUUGAAGAUGGAAAAUGAGGAGUACAUCAGAAAACAAAUGGAUAGAGCAUUAGAGAAUUUAAGAGCAGAAGUGAAUGUACUGCAGAGAGAUGAACAGACAAAGUUGGAAUCUCAAAAGAGAGAAAUAUUGAGUAGAAUUAAUAAUCAGGUUGAGUCAGCAUCAGAAAAUGAACAGAGGAGAUUAGAGGAUGAAAAGAAUACAAAAGUAGAAUCAUUACAGAGAAAGUAUGACCUUGAAGUAGAGAAAGUCAAGGAUGAAAUGGAGAGGAAACAUCGUAAUAAAAUAGAACAAUUAAAAAUGGAAAUGGGUGACCAACAUGAGGAGAAUUUGAAGAAAAUAACCAAUCAAAUAAAGAGAUUAGAAGAACAGGAGAAAGAACAAAAAGAACAACAAUUAGACAUGGCAAAACAGAGACAAAGAGCUAUUGAUGAUUUAGAUAGAGGGUUAAGUGAAGUUUUAGAUGAAAGAAGAAAGGAAAUAAAAGAUAGACAAGAAAAGGAGAUACAAAGGUUGAAAGAAGACCAUGAAAAUGAAAUAAAGAAAAUGAAAGAUGAUAAUAAUAGAAAGGAAAAGAAAGAACAAGCUUUAUUAGGGGAUAAGUUAAAAGUGGAAACAAGAAGGCUUCAGAAACAGUACGAUAAAGACACAGAAGAAGUACAGAGAGAAUAUGAAAGGAAGAAAGAUGCAGUAAAAGAACAGUUAGAGGAUGAGGACGAAGAUUACCAAGAAAAAUUAACUGAAUAUGAAAGAAAGAAGACAGAUUUAAAUAAAUUAAUGAAAAACUUAGAGGGUCAAGAACAGAAACUUGCUGAAAGAAAGAAGAAAUUCAGAGAUGAAAGUGACGGAUUUGAUAAAGAUCAAGAGGCUGUCUUUUCAGGAAAAGCAUCAAACCUUGGAGAGAAAGAAUUAGAAAGGAUGAGAGAAGAAAGGAGACAACUGAGGGAAGAAAUAAGAUCUUUACAAGAUGCUGUGGAUGCAUUAAAGACAGAAAAACGACAACUGGAAGGAGAUAUUACUAAGUUGAAAUUCAACAAAGAACAAAUGAACAGGAAAAUUAAUGAAAUGCAGAACAAGUUAGACAGGAAAAGUAAAGAUUUUACAUCACUAAAUCAAAAAAUCAUUGAUGCUGCAGAGGAAGAGAAGUCUUUCAUGGAUGAACGAUUACGUGCCAGCAAAUCAGACAAGAGACGAAGAAAACAACGAUUUGAUGACACUGAUUUUAGUGAAGAAGAAGAUAUUGGAAGGAGGCGCAGAGGUCAAGACAGAAGUGAAGAUUUUGAUGACCCAUCAUUAGGUUAUAAUAACUAUGCCUGGCAGGAUUUACUUAGUGAUGAAAGCCAGUUUGAUGAUGUUCCUGCAUUUAAAUCUAGUGGUGUUAGACAACAGUUUGCAAAAGAAAUCAAUUCAAUCUCAAUGGCAAAAGAAUUCCUACGUAAACAACGACAUUCCUUAAAACGACGUCAGGCUGGACUAACAGCAGCGCGACAAGAAUUAAUGAAGGACAUGAUUAAACAGGGACAAGGGGCCAUGUCAGCAAGUGUACUACAAACUGUCCAGCAGUCAUUAGACAAAGAAACAGCAGAAUUGGAUGAUUUAGCCAAUCACAUGAAGACUGGAUCAAAACUUGUCAGAGAAAAGGAACGGAAGCUAAGACACUUACGGAAUAGGUUUUAUACUGAUUCUGCCAGUGAUAGUGAAAUAGAGUAUUCUCCCUUUGAAUAUAAAUACCAGUCUCCUAUGUUGCCGUCUGCUGACCUCAGUGAUGAAGAAAGUAGUGGAAUCAGUAGUAAUGACAACGACCUUGAUAAUGUUAUAAAAGCAUUAAGUAGACAGAACAACCAGCCCACAGAGACCAUGUCAACUUUGCAAGCAGCAAGCAGUACAAAUCCCAUUGCUCAGUCUCUACAGAAAGUCAACUCAGAACUUGCCAGAAUUAUAUCUGUAGUCGGUUAUAAUAAUGUGCCAAACACUCCUGCUGUUACACAAGGAGUAGAAAACAAAGGCAGUUCAUAUAUACCUAUUUACAUGCCAAAGCCUCCUUCCACAGCUUGGACAGAGCCACCUCCAUCAACAGAACUUAACCCAUAUCUAAGGGACCCUAAUCAUAAAAUAGACUAUUCUAGUCUUGUGUUAUCUGCUGAGCAGUCAUUAGAGAGAAAAUGGAGAAAAUAUUUUGGAGAUCGACGACCACCAAUAACCAGUAUUCCCACAACAUUACCUGCACAUAACACUACAGGACAUGUAACAGUCAGGGAGCAGUUACGACAAUUUAGACUAAGUUUACACGAUCAUUUCCCAUCGAAUAAUAGCUCAACACAAGAUAGACUGGCUGAACAAAGACAGUGGUUGAAAAAAUUUGGACAAGACAUUAGUUUUGGUGGUUCAAUUAGAGGACCUGGGUCAGAAACUGGCUCUGUACAAAGUUUUGGUGAGGGAUAUAGACAUGAUGGAGGAAGGUUAACAGAGGCUUUGUUGUCAACGUCAACACCACAACGACGACCUUCUGUACAGGAAAAUGUCCGCCUGGAACUGGAUCAAAACAAUGAAAUCAGACUUAGACAUUUCUGAUCACAACUAUUGUAGUCAGCCUUGCCAUUUGUGAGAACUUAAAUAAAACAGGAUUGCAUUGUCUGAAUUGAUAAAAACAAACUUAUGUCAAAUCAAAAUCAGAAAAAUGACAACCAGAUCAUCAAAUCUAGUAAUCAUAAUACAUUUGUACUUCUGAUUAUGAAUUUUGUUCAUUCUCAUCAAAUGAAAUGUUAAUGUAAUGAACAAACAAGAUCAUCAGGCUAUUGAUAUAUUUUUAAGAGAUUGGAUAUUUAGUCUAAGGAGUGCUACUUAAGACAAUAUUUAUUGUAAAAAUUUAAUUAUUUAUUUUGAUUACUGAAUGAACAUAUUUUUCUAUGCAACCUAUUUGUACAUUCAAUUUAUACUUAUAUUAUGAAAUGAAAAGUAUAUAUAUAAUAGUGUAAUUAGAAUAUAAACAAAGUAUUUUACUUGCCAAUUUGAGCAGUUGGUAGAAUACUAUUUGUAGUAAAUUUAGUUUUCAUAAAGAUUUUUUCAUUGUUCAAGUUGAUAUUGAAGACCUGAGAUACACAGUGUGAAGAAUUCUGUCAUAUCUUGAAUGCAUAUGAAGAUCAGUUGGACCAUGAAAAAGGCAUUUUACUUCUCAUACUUUAAAAACAUUCACAAUAGACUGUAAGACGACUGUGAAGAAUGAUAAGAGAAAACCAUAAUGUGGGAAGCACACAAGAGAAAAUUCUAUUUUUUUAUAAAAAGCAUCAUAUAUAUAUAGAGAGAUUUUUUAAGGUUUUAUUUUACCCAUUCUUUCACACACAUUUUAUAUAUAAGCUCAUUUUGUUCAUUUUCAAUAAUUUCCUAACAUUUGGUCCAAUCUGUGAAAAACAAAUUUACUAUCAAUUUGAUAGAUACUUGUAAUAGACACACAACACAUCCUUUCCUAUAUGCACACAUUAUAAAGAUGUAAUUUUCCAUCACUUGCUUUUACUUUGCUUCUUCAGAUAUAAAUGACCAACAGAAGUCAAAAUUAACAUUGAAGACAAAAACAUUACAGUCCUAAAAAAAUGAGUAAUAGUCUGUGAAAUGCUAAUAGAAGUUGUUUCGGACGCACCAAAUUUAUAAAGUGUUAAUUGAUUAAAUUUUUUCAUGUUACAUUUAUAACAUCAGUUUCUGUAUUGGUCAAGUCAAUAUCUCCUCCUAGUGGUCAGUUAAUAUGAAUAUAUUUGUAACAAUGACUAUUUAGUUGUUUGUGAAAAUGAUUGUUAACAUAAAUCUAUGCAGCUUUGACUACUUAUGUUGUGGUGUACUGAUAUUAAAUGUGACAAUUUUUGUUAGUUUGAAUUUUGCAAUGUAUUUGAGUUAUUCGUUAUUCAUUUACCACAUUCAUUUUAAUGAAAACAUUGAAUAUGUUUUUAUAGAAUAAAAAAAAUAUAUGCAUGUACACCAUCAUGGAAUCAAAAUUAAGAAGUUUUUGUAAAACAAUAUAAUUAUAUUGCCCUCAGCAGGCCUGUAGCCAGGAUUUCUAUGAGAGAGGUAUUUGGAGUCAUGACGCUCUGACUUUGAUAGUCAAACCCGAAUUGGAAUCUUGACUUUAAUAGUAUAUUUAUUUGCUUUCAGAGGGGGGUUCGUCAGAACAACUCACACCUUCCUGACUACGUGUAUGCUCAGUAAUGUCAAAUUUUGAAAGGUUGAUAGAGCUUUUCACAUGAACACAUACAUUCACUUUUAUUUUACAUUGAAUCAAGAAAAAAUGUUAAAUAUAUUUCACAAUUUUACAUCAGUGUCUUAACUGACAUCCUUAUUUCUUUAAUUCCCUCUUUAUGUAACAAGAUAUUUGCUCAUUAUAUUAAAAGUUAUUAAUCUUUUCUAGUGGUUAUAUUUAUAAAUGUAACAAAUGAAUGAAUGAAUAGAACGUAUGAGCUGAGCUGCAUGAAGAAAGAAAUUUAAAGCUCUUACUAGGUGAUUGAGAUCAUUUUUGAACAUUUUUUUCCACAUUUACAGAAAACAUGAGAAAAAUGUAGGCUGUUAGUUUGAAUCAAAACUUGUUCACAAAUCACAUCACCAAGUAGUGAUAUACAUUGUUUUUCUAUUUGUUAAAACUUGCUUCACUCAACACUUCUGCAAAAUACCUCAACAUUUUAUACUCUUCACAUUACUACUUUUUUUUUAUUUUAUAAAUUUUAGGUGAUUUUUUUUUAAUUUUGAAUAUAAAAGUGUGUGAAAUUCACAUGUUUUAGUUGGUUAAAUUUGUCUCAAGUAAAUAAAUUGGUACAAUUUGUCUCAAGGUAUGAUAAAUUGUACAAGUCAUAUAUUUUUUUUUUAUGAAAAAGAGAUAUUAUUUAAUAUACAUAUACUUCUGGCCUGCAUUUGACAAAAUCUUGUGACUGAAUUGUUGCAAGUUAUUGGGCAUGACUUAAAAUACUUUUAUAAAACUCUGACCUGUUCUUUGUGAUCUCCUGUGACUCACUUAUAUGACUAAGAUCUUUUAUUCUAACUAAAUUUUAUUUUAAAGUUAUAUUUUAUUUAAAGAUUGUUAUAACUUGUUAUCAUUAUUCUGUUGUCGUACUCAUUGUAUUUAUAAGCAUUAAUUAUGAGAUUUAGAUAAAUAAAAUCCCGUCCAAUUUAUAUUUGUACAUAAAUAAAAGUUAAAGUUUU